AAUAAGAUUAAAAUGGGAUUUCUCAAACAAAUUAACGUUGAAAACUUCAAGUCAUGGAAGGGGAAGCAAAUUAUCGGCCCAUUUAUGCGAUUCAGCUGCAUUAUUGGCACUAAUGGAUCUGGGAAGUCCAACAUCAUGGAGGCGGUGAGCUUCGCCACCGGGGAGCGGGCAUCGUCUCUCCGGGUGAAACAUCUCAGAGACCUGAUCCACGGAGCCCACGUCGGCCGACCCGUGUCUAACAGAGCCAGCGUGUCGGUCACCUACUGCGACGAUAACGACCAGGAGACCGUGUUCAGCAGAACCAUUUCAGGUGACUCAUCUGAGUAUCGCAUCAAUGGUGCCCAUGUUACUCACGCCAGAUACACAGAAGAGUUGGAGAAGAUUGGUAUUAUCACCAAAGCUCAGAACUUUCUGGUCUUUCAGGGGACCGUGGAGUCUAUAGCUUUGAAAAACCCAAAGGAGCGGACCAAACUGUUUGAGUACAUCAGUCAGUCCAAGGAGUGUGUUGCAGAGUAUGAUAAGAAGAAAGAGGCCCUGCAAAAGUCCAAGGAGGACACACAGUUUCAUUUGAACAAGAAGAGAUCUGCCAAUGCUGAGAAGAAACAGGUUUCCCAGGAAAAAAUUGAGGCACAAAGGUACCAGACACUGCUUGAUGACCUUAACCACAACCGUCUCCAGCUGAGCCUGGCUGAACUGUACCAUAACGAGAAAAAUAUCACCACCAUCAGCAACACUUUGAAAGAGAAACAGCAGUCUGCAGCUGCUAAGAAUAAUGAAGUGGAAAACUGGGAAAAAAUGAUCAAAACCCACAAGAAGGAACAUGGACGCCUCAAUAGAGAACAGCAGCAAAUUGAGAAAGAGAUCAGUGCCCAGGAACAUGUCUUAUCCCAGUGCCGUUCCCAGUACGUCAAAGCCAAAAUAAACGCUUCUCAUCACAUGAAGAAAGCUGAGGAGAUGCGCAGUGCUUUGAAGAAGAGCAAGAUUCUGAAGGCUGCUAAAGAGCAGGAGCUAGCAGAGGGCCUACAAGAGGUCGCUAAUCUGGAGCAAACCUGGAAGAACUAUGAGAGGCAGGUCCAGGAGCAGGAAGCUUCCCGGGGAAGAGACAUUGAGCUGCAGGAGGAGCAGCUGGAGCGAUACAAUGAGCUCAAAGAACUUGCCAGAAAGAAGAGCGCAGUUCUCAUCCAAAUGUCCGAAAAACUCCAUUGGCAGGUUAGAGCAGACCAUGAGAAGAUUGCCUUUGACCAGCGCAGAAAAAUGGAGGUUGAGGUUUGCAUCAGGAACCACCAAACUCAGCUGCAGGAUUUCACAAACAGAGCAGAGAAACUGGAGGAGUACACCAAAGCUUGCAAGGCUUCUCUUGAGGAGUACCAUCAGAAAGAGGAGACUCUAACUGCAGAGCUGCAGCAGGGUCACAAGCGCAUUAAGGAGGUGAACCAGGAGCUGGGUCAGGUACUGGUAGAGCUGGGUAAUGCCUGCCUGGAUCACCAAGAGAGCAGACGCCAAGUGCAACGUAAAGAAAUGCUUGAGAGACUCCGCAGACUCUACCCGGAAACUGUGUUUGGUCGCCUAUCUGACCUGUGCAGUCCCAUCCAUAAGAAGUACCAGCUGGCUGUGACCAAGAUAUUCGGCCGCCACCUCAGUUCCAUUGUUGUGGCUUCAGAAAAAGUGGCCCGUGACUGCAUCUGUUUUAUCAAGGAGGAAAGAGCAGAACCUGAAACCUUCUUGCCCAUUGACUACUUAGUUGUGACUCCUCUGAAUGAGCGACUGCGGGAGGUGCCAGGUGCCAAGAUGGUGGUGGACGUUGUUCAAGUUAAUACAGCUAUAGGUGGUGCCCAGCUGAAGAAAGUGCUGCAGUUUGUGUGUGGCAAUGCGUUGGUGUGUGAGACCAUCAAAGAGGCUCGGAGUGUGGCCUUUGACAGGCAGGAGCGUAUUAAGACUGUAUCCCUGGAUGGGACACUGUUUGCAAAGUCAGGAGUGAUAUCUGGAGGCUCCAGUGAUCUGAGAAUGAGAGGACGCUGUUGGGACGAGAAGGAUGUAGCACAGCUUCAGGAACGCAAAGACCAGCUGGCAGCAGAGCUGCGUAAUCUGAUGAAGCUGAAGCGCAAGGAGCCGGAACUGAAGCAGAUCAUUUCACAGGCUCAGGGUGCUCAGACCCGCCUGAAGUACUCCAAUGUGGAACUAGAAAACCUUCGCAAGAGGAACAUCCUUAAAUGUGAAGCUGAGAUUUCCCGCUUGGAAAGUGAACGAGCAAACCUGGACUCUCAGAUCCAGAUGGAGCAAGAGAGUGUGGAGGCAAAGGAUGCUGAGAUAAAAAAUAUCAAAGCCAGGAUUGAUCAGAUGGAUGACUUUUUGUUUGCUGACUUUUGUGCUGAGAUUGGUGUGGACAACAUAAGGGAGUAUGAGCAGGAGCACCUGAAACAGCAGACAGAGCUCGACAAGAAGAGGCUGGAAUUUGAAAGUCACCAUGCUCAGCUGACUGCACAGCUGGAGUAUGAACAAAAUCACCUGGAGCAACAGAAGAAGAAGCUCCUCAAAAUGGAGGAGAGCAUUAACCAGGAGGAGAGAGCAGUGGCUGCAAAAAGGAAGGAGGAGGAGAUCCUGUUGGCAGCUGUGGAGGAGGGACAGACAAAACUACUGGAGCUGAAAAACCAGCUGUUGAUGAAGAAGAGACAGGUGACAGACGCCCAAGCAGAGCUGAACCAAAACAUCCAGAGCCUCCAGGAAAACAACAAAGAGUUGGUGAAGCUUCAGAGGAAGGUGAUGUGCACAGAAAGUGCUUUGGAGCAUAAACGUUUAGCCAGACACAACCUGCUGCUGGCCUGCAAGAUCCAGGGUCUGCCAGUCACUCUACUAUCAGGGAGCCUGAAUGAAAUCAGUAAGGUGCAGCUGGAUUCUGAAUCAGAAAGCAUUUCAACCACCUUGCAUGUGUAUGAGAGAGAAGCACAAUUCGUCAUUGAUUACUCUGCCCUGGAGACAAAGUUUAAGGGAGAGCAGGAGGUGGAGAGGCAUCUGCAAAGUCUUCGGGAGACGGUGUUCUCCUUGGAGGAAUUACUGCAGCGAACUACAGCACCCAAUCUAAAAGCUCUGGAUAAGCUGAGAGAGGUGAAUGACAAGGUGCAGGAAACGAGGGAAGCCUUUGAUGCCAGCACCAAAGCAUCCAGGAAGUGCAGCCAGGAGUUUGAGCAAAUCAAAGCCCGGCGCUUCCAUCUCUUCAGCCAGUGCUUUGAGCAUGUGUCUGUCGUAAUUGACCAGAUCUACAAAAGAAUAUGUCGAAACAACAGUGCUCAGGCCGUUCUGAGUGCAGAGAAUCCAGAUGAACCAUACUUAGGAGGUAUCAACUAUAACUGUGUGGCACCAGGGAAACGCUUCAUGACCAUGGACAAUCUGUCUGGUGGAGAAAAGGUCAUUGCUGCCUUGGCCUUGUUGUUCGCCAUCCACAGCUUCCGCCGUGCUCCCUUCUUAAUCCUAGAUGAGGUGGAUGCAGCUUUGGACAACAGUAACAUUGGCAAGGUGACCAGUUUCAUCAGAGAGGAGUCUCGAGAGAACAUGCAGAUCAUCGUCAUCUCCUUGAAGGAGGAGUUUUUUUCCAGAGCCGACGCUCUUCUGGGAGUCUACUCAGAGUUUGAUGACUGCAUCUUCAGCCAUGUCCUGACUGUGGACCUGCGUCCCUUCCCGCUUGCUGAAGAGGAUGCUGGGAAAUCGACAGAGGACAGCAGACAAGACUCUGCUGCCUUGGAACCAAGUGUGUGAAUCCUGUCUUUGUUUCUGUUCUGUAAAUGUCACUUCAGUGGUUCUCAGUGUUUUCAGUGCACACAGUGCACGUGUGCCGAGUGCUCUGACUUUUUAGACCUUUGCUGGUAUCUUUGAUUUGUUUCUGCCAGUUGUGUGUUUCAGUCUGCACAUUUAAAUUCUUCCAUAUGUACGUUAUAAGAAGUUUAAAGUAAAAAAGAUUUGGUUAAAUCUGUCAAAACAGUCCUGUAGUAGUUACAACUGUGCUGCUCUGAUUAACAAAGUCAGGAAAAGCUUUAAGGCUCUGUUUGUGUUUAAACUUGUUGAGGUUCUUAUUACUGCUGAAGAAUGUUUCCUGUUGCAGGAAAAUGAAUGUUGGUGUAUGUUUUGAUUGGUUUUAUACUUGUUGCUUUUACUUGAAGUGUUACGAGUUGCAGUUCUGCUUUUCAUUAAAUCAGCAAAGUUGCAGAUGUGUGUUAGCUUACUAUUAUUAUCUUUCUGUUUGUUUUGGUUUUGUGUGUGUUUUUAUAAUGAUUAUGGGUGUAGCACCUAAUUUUAAGCCAUGGAUCAGAUCAUUUUUCCAAUCAGCAAAAAAAAAAAAGAAAAAAAAAAAAAAAAAAA